UUAUUGGUACUAUGAUAAUAUAAUCUUUUUUUUUUAUUUAUUAUCAGGCAAUAAUAGAGCGCUUCCCAUCAUUCAUUUCCGAGCUGCAAUGUUUCACCUCCCAUCCAAAUUAGGUAAGAAACCAACAUGACUGCUUUUGUUGGUGCAAUAAGUUGGACUCUGCUGAGGGGAAGUACUUGUUUCCCUAAUUUUUUCACAACAAAAACCCAUUAUUACCAUUAUUCACCCACCAAAUUUGUGAAAAAUUACUACUUCUUACUUACUUUGCGCAACUUCCCCAAGUAUUAAACUGGUAAUAUACUUGCAAACUAUUAAAAAGAUAAUUAUAAUGACCAUGGAACAGGAGUGGAGAAUGGGUAUCUAUGGCAAGAUGGCGGAAGAUGGUACUUGGCGAUCGAGAACUUUGUGGAGGAAGAUGGUACUUGGCGGACGGAGCUUUUCGAAGACCUCAUCCCGAGCGAGGUGUCCCAGAAGAUCCUUAGCAUUGGCGUUGACAAGAUGGCCACAGAGGAGGAUACCAUCUUUUGGUCGGCCUCGUCGGAUGGAAGAUUCUCGGCUAAAUCAGCUUAUUCUCUUCAGAACCAGAGUCCGCCAGAUCCGGAUGAGGGAAUCUGGAAGAUCAUUUGGAGUCUGCCUGUUCCGGAAAGGAUAAGGAGUUUUAUGUGGCUGGCCUUCUUGGGGAAGUUGGCCACGAAAUCUCUUCUAUUCUCAAGGAAAGUUACAGACAGCCAGAGCUGUGUUAGCUGCGGACAUCCGGUCGAAUCCAUCCUGCAUUUGUUACGAGAUUGCACUGCGGCCAGGUAUUUUUGGCUCCGUCACAGUCCGUCCGGGCUUCAGUCGUGCUUCUUCACCAUGGGCGAGCGGGAUUGGCUGCGCGAGAAUCUUAGGAGCAGCGAGAGCUUGGGCUCGGGAAUGAGCUGGCCAGCUUGUUUCAGUGUUGCAUCUUGGCUUCUUUGGAAGAAUAGGUGCACGUUCUGCUUCAGAGGGUCAAGCUCUGCACUCUCUCCUCCUUCCCUGGAGUACUCGAUCAUGGCAAAGUGUAAGUUGUGGUAUGAGGCUUGGCAAGCCCCCUCCCCCCUCCCCAGUGACAGAGGGCAGACGAGCACUCGUACUACGGUGAUGAUUGGGUGGACUCCCCCGAUACAUGGUUGGGUGACUCUUAACGUGGAUGGGGCCUCUAAUGGCAACCCGGGAGCUGCUGGAGCAGGAGGGGUGCUCCGCGACUGUGCAGGUAAUUGGAUUGCUGGUUUCACUGCGAAUUUCGGGACGGCCACGGCUAUUUUGGCUGAGUUAUGGGCUGUGUAUCAUGGUUUGGAUAUGGCUUGGAAGAAAGGGUUUAGGGCUGUGCGCCUGGAGUCUGAUUCCCAGCUCGCGAUCCAGCUCAUCAACAACAGAAGUGAUCCUGUCCACCCUCAUGCUACCCUCCUCUCAGCUAUCCGUAGGAAGAUUGGCCGUGAGUGGCUGGUAAGCAUUAAUCAUGUAUACCGGGAAGGGAAUAGAGUCGCGGACUGGCUCUCGAAGCACAGUCUCGUCUAUCCCUACGGGGUACAUGAAAUUGCUAACCCGCCCUCCGAGUUAGUUUCUAUUGUUAGAGAGGAUGCUAUGGGUGUUUCUUUCGAGCGUCGGAUUGUGACGCCUGACUCUUCUAGCUUGUAAAGACCCCUGGGUCUUCUUCUUUGGCUUUUGCCUCCCUUUAUGCAAAAAAAAAAAAAAAAUCUAUGGCAAAAAAAACAAAAAACAAAAAAAAACAGAAGUGGAGAAUGGAGAUGUGGGCCCAUCCCAUUAUUGGGCUUGGGUCGUAAUUAUCCUCAAGGGAAUCCACUUGAGGGGGAGCAGAAGGGCCCGGGCCCAUUCGUUUCUCCUACGCUACGCAGAUGGGGAACGGGAAUCACAGAAUGGGGCCCACCCACCACCUGCUCAAAAAAUUUAUUCUCCUCCAAUUUUAUAAAAGCGAAAAAAAAAAAAAACAGUCCUCUAUCUCCCGAUUAACGCGAACUGACGAGUUUUCCCUCUUCUCCGCUCUGCUCCCGCUAUUUGCCGCCGGCGUUGUUUGGCGGUGGUUUCUGCUUUCCUUAAUUCCGAACUCAGUUCAGGGCUUCGAACCAAAGGAAGGCAGAAACAAAGGAGAUGCAGAUCUUCGUCAAGACGCUCACCGGCAAGACCAUCACUCUCGAGGUCGAGAGCAGCGACACCAUCGACAACGUCAAAGCAAAGAUUCAGGUCUCUCUUUUCUCUCUCUCCCAGUCUCUCUAUUGUUCCUCUAGUGGGUCGCUGAAUGGUUUCGGUUUAGUGUUCGGGAUUGAAUUCCGGAGCUUCGAGUCGGUAAUUUGAGCUUGUGCCGUCGGAAGAUGAGACUGGAUAUUUGAGUCGUCUUUAGUUCAUUUGUCCAAUUGAGAUUGUUGUUCAUGAUGGCCAACUCUGUCUUGGGCAUGUGUUAGACUAAUGGUAUGAUCGGUUUUAGAUUAUGGAGCUUAAAUUGAUUGGAGCAAGUAAGAUUAGUAUUUUAAGUUGGAACUUAGAACAUAGUCUUUGGUGUUAUAUUUCACAAGCUUAUAGUCUGGAACCGGGAAAAUGUUGGCAUAUUAUACGGUUCGUAGAAACUCGUUCUCUUUGGGUUUAUUCUGAUCCUCGACUUUUCGCCGAAUCUAUUUAUUAGAUUAGUAGCAAUUAAGAUUAGUAGCGCGA